AAUUGAGAGCUUCAGUAACCACAUCAUUAUGUGUGAAAGAUGAUCCAGAGCUGAUGACUGAAGAAAAGGCUGAGGACAAAAACAAGAUGGCAUCUGUGUUCCUGCCAGCUCUGGGUGGUAUGGCUGUAUGUGGCGGCACUCAUGGAAAUGAGCUGUCCGGAGUGUAUCUGGUGCAGGAGAUGGAGCGACAGAGGAAGGAGAAGGGAGACGGUGUGUGGCCGAUUCCUGUAACAACUGUACUGUCAAACCCACGGGCUGUGAAAGAGUGCAGAAGAUAUAUUGAUACAGAUAUGAACCGCUGCUUCAGCAAAGCUGUGCUGAGUACUCCUAUUACAGACAGCAGCCCAUAUGAAGUCCGACGUGCUCAGGAACUGAAUAAUCUGCUAGGAGUGAAGGGAUCUGACGAUGUAAUGGACAUGAUUUGUGACCUCCACAACACCACGUCUAAUAUGGGUCUCACACUCAUCCAUUACUCAGCCAGUGACUGGGUGACCCUGCACAUCUGCAAAUACUUACAGACUAAGAUAACCAAAGUGCCUGUGAGAGUGCUGGUACUGGAUUUCCCCAUUAAUGAUGCAUAUAACUUGGAGUCGGUCUCCAAGCAUGGCUUUACUCUAGAGGUUGGGCCGCAGCCGCAGGGUGUUGUCAGAGCUGACAUCUACGUUAUUAUGAAGGAGGCCGUCGACUUGACUAUAGACUGGAUUCAUAAAUUUAACUCAGGGACAGAAUUUGAAGGUGGAGAUGUGGAAGCCUUCAAGUUCAUCAAAAGUGUGGAUUAUCCCAGAGAUCCCGAGACUCGAAAUCUCACCGCUGCUGUUCAUCCUCAGCUUCAGGAUAGAGAUUUCUGUCUCCUCAAGCGGGGUGACCCUUUGUUUUUGUCAUUUUCUGGAGAAACUGUGACAUGCGAGGAAGAAGAACCACUUCAUCCGUUCUUUAUCAAUGAGGGUGCCUACUAUGAGAAGGGAAUCGCUUUUCAUUUGGCCAAAAAAUGGACACUGACAGUUCCAUCAGUACAAGUGCACACAAUAAACUCAGCAUGAUUACAGACAAUCUAACCUCACUGAUCUUUUGUCAAAUUGCAAAUAAUUGUAAAAUAAUGCAUAAUCACAUAUAUCUAUCUAUCUAUCUUUUGUUGCUGAUUUCAAAAGCUGCUAAUCAUACAUUUCAACCUUUUUUACACAAAUUCAAUUAAGGCUUGUACAAUACAUAACUUGGCUCAAAGUUUUUUUUUAAUGCAAGACUGGAACCAACUUCUACUGUUUAUGCUUAUACAAAACUGUCAAUGUAUUAGUCUUUUCAUGUUCAUUUUGCAUACUUUUGGACAUUAUGGAAUAGUAAUAAAUUUUGUUUGACUUUAA